AUGAAAACUGUAAAUAUACCUGAAAUGUCUCUUGGAAUUGAUAAUAAAAAUAUCUUUACCAAGAUGAAAUUGAAGGUGAAAGUGAUGGAUGCCAAGCGUGCAUCAAAUAUUGAAGUUCUACAGAGCCAGGUUACGAUAGUAAAAUUUACACAAUUGGUUCACUGUUAUGGGAACGGGAAUAGAACUAACAAGGUUGAAAUUAAUGUGCCCAGUCGUUAUCAAAAAUCUGAUGAAGGGAAAUGCAAAACGUUUAGGUGGCUUUUGGACAAUGGCGGAUGUAGCAAUUUGAAAGAACGACACAGAGAUUUGUUGUCAAAACGGCAUGAAGGCGUCCGUAAAAGGAUCUGUUGGGAUCGAUGGAUUCGACGACAUGGUGUGGUCAGUCGUGAAUGGAGGAAGUUAUCGUUGGAAAAUAAUUCCGUUUUUCUUCUACUUGUUCUUCCUUGUAUCAACAUUAGAACUAUUAUCCAGAAUCUAGAAACAGUCAAGCGGAAACUUGGAAGUCGAAAUCAAGUCAAAAC